CCACGGCGGAGUCAGUCAAGCCCACCCUCUGCAGAGUCGUCAUCUACCUGCAAAAAGAGAUGUCUGGGGACACCUGCCUGACCACCGUCUGCCCCUCGCCUGGAGCCAGACCCAAGAGCUGCAGCUUCAAAGUGGGCAGUCCGGCCAACAAGUACGUGCGCCUCAAUGUCGGUGGCUCCUUGUACUAUACCACUGUGCAGGUGUUGACACAGCACGACACCAUGCUGAAGGCCAUGUUCAGUGGCAGGAUGGAGGUCCUCUCCGACAAAGAAGGCUGGAUCCUCAUCGAUCGUUGUGGGAAGCACUUCGGGACUGUUCUCAAUUACCUCCGGGACAACACAGUUUCCAUGCCCCAAAACCGGCAGGAGAUCAAAGAACUGAUGGCGGAAGCCAAAUAUUACCUCAUUCAGGGGCUGGUUGACCUGUGUCAGGCUGCCCUGCUGGACAAGAAGGAUUCCUACAAGCCAGUCUGCAACAUCCCUGUCAUCACGUCCCCCAAGGAAGAAGAAAGGCUCAUAGAAUCCUCCAUGAAGCCUGUGGUGAAGCUGCUUUACAACAGAAGUAAUAACAAAUACUCCUACACAAGCAACUCUGAUGACAACUUACUGAAGAAUAUUGAGCUGUUUGAUAAGCUCUCCCUCCGCUUCAACGGGAGGGUCCUCUUCAUCAAGGAUGUGAUCGGCGAUGAGAUCUGCUGCUGGUCCUUCUAUGGGCAGGGGCGGAAACUGGCUGAAGUUUGCUGCACAUCAAUAGUCUACGCUACCGAGAAGAAGCAGACCAAGGUUGAAUUCCCUGAGGCCCGAAUCUAUGAGGAAACGUUGAAUGUUUUGCUUUACGAGACGCCCCGAGUGCCGGACAACUCUCUUCUGGAGGCCACGAGCCGGAACCGAAGCCAGGCCUCUCAGAGCGAGGAUGAUGACAGCUUCGAGCUGCGUGACAGGGUGAGGCGUAUCCAUGUGAAGCGAUAUAGCACUUAUGACGACCGACAGAUCGGCCACUAAC